GAGUUUAGCAGGAUUGACAGUCUCCAUUAGGGACAGAUAGACAACAAUUUGAAGGACAUGAUGACAGAGCGACGGACAAACGACCCGCAAAACAACAGGAGUGGAGCAAUGUGAGAGUCCAAGCGAUUGUUUGGUUUGAGAAAUUGCUGUUGAACAGAUCCUCAGGAGAGACGUUUGCAGAGCAGUCUUAACUUGUGAUACCGAACGGGAUGGACAGUAGUGACCAACAGGAUGGGGAAAUAGGAGCCAGGAGGAAAGAAAACGAUGGAGAGAAAUAUAAAGAGAUGAAAAACCAACUAAACAUCGAGGAAAAAGGUGAGGCGGAGAUUAAAACAAAAGAAAAGGAGAAGAAGAGGCGCGGAUGGCCACUGAGUGAGAGACUGGCGAUUAACGUCUCGGGAAUGCGGUAUGAAACCCAACUUCGCACCUUAGCCCAGUUCCCUGACUCCAUGCUUGGCGACCCUCAAAGACGGUCACACUACUUUGACCCAAUGCGAAAUGAACUCUUCUUGGACCGAAAUCGGGCUUGUUUUGACGCGAUCCUCUACUUUUACCAGUCAGGCGGGAGGCUUCGGAGGCCCGCCAACAUCCCCCUGGACAUCUUCAUGGAUGAGCUCAUGUUCUACGAGCUGGGAGAGGACAUCAUGAACCGCUUCAAGGACGACGAAGGCUUUUCUAAAGAGGAAGAGAGGCCGUUGCCCUCCAACGAAACGCAGAAAAAACUUUGGAUGCUGUUUGAGCACCCGGAAUCCUCGUCCGCCGCACGCAUCAUAGCUAUCAUCAGCGUGAUGGUUAUUGUGGUGUCUAUCCUCAUCUUCUGCCUGGAGACGCUGCCAGACUUCCGCGUUGACAAAGAGACACGAGAGGAGUAUUUUUACAAGCACCACGGCCCAGAAACAAACAUAUCCGAGACCAUACCUCCGCCCCCCAAUGUUUUCCAGGACCCCUUCUUCAUGGUGGAGACCGUGUGUAUAUGCUGGUUCUCUUUCGAGCUCAUCAUGCGUUUUUGUUGCUGCCCCAGCAAGAUGCACUUCUUCAAGGAUGUCAUGAAUAUCAUCGACUUCAGCGCCAUUUUACCCUAUUUCGUCACUCUGGGAACAGAGCUGGCCAGGGAAAACGAAGCCAGCCCGGCUACAUCCCUGGCGAUUAUCAGAGUCAUCCGGCUCGUGAGGGUGUUCAGGAUCUUCAAGCUGUCCCGUCACUCCAAAGGUCUUCAGAUCCUCGGUCAGACGCUGAGGGCGAGCAUGCGUGAACUCGGCCUUCUCAUUUUCUUCCUCUUUAUCGGCGUCAUCCUUUUCUCCAGUGCCAUCUACUUCGCCGAGGCCGACCACAGCGACACGGCCUUUACCAGCAUACCGCAUGCUUUCUGGUGGGCUGUGGUCACCAUGACAACAGUGGGCUACGGCGACAUGUACCCACGGACAGUGUGGGGUAAACUGGUGGGCUCCAUGUGCGCCAUUGCAGGCGUACUUACCAUUUCCCUACCGGUGCCGGUCAUAGUGUCCAAUUUCAGCUACUUCUACCACCGGGAGACGGAAUGCGAGGAUCGAUCCCAAUACAAGCAUGUCACGAGCUCGCCGUGGGAGAACGAGGAACCAGAGGGGGGAGAAGCAGAAGAGGGAUAUGGGGAUCCAGAGGGGGAUUAUUAUGACAUUGGAGGCACCUAUAAUAAUCUUAAUGGGACCGUUCUGAGUAACAUGGGGCAGAGUGCUGAAUUAGAAGGAAAUAUGCAUUUAAGGGAAACGUUGGUCACCCAAGUGUGAAAAAGAGGUUCUCCAAGACAAAAAAAAAAACGUUUGCUUUAUUAUUUAAUUUCAGUCAAAUGUCUUACAGAAUGUGUAGAAUUUGUAUGUUCACAAGUUCCCUCAAACAAAUAAGCUUUUGUUUUUGCUUGACUUUAAGAAUGUGCGCGUCCAGACACUAAGACGUCUUACUUUGCCACUUUGCAUAUUUUCAACUGGAAACACUAAGACGCUCUCUAAUAUGGAAACUCAUGUUACAAACACUCAGAUCUCUCGUGCUAUAAGCCAAGAUUCUCGGCAUUCUUUCGGUCAUACACAAAGUUCACAUUUAUGCCAAUGUGACCUGAGUCAGUUGACCUUAUCACGUUGUAAUGCAACACUUAAUGAGCAUUGAUGCAACAUAGUUGUGUUGAACCCGAAUAUUUCUGUUAUGUGCUCAAUUGUUGAAUAAAUUCUAUAUUUUUAUUCA